AUGUCGCCCAUGUCGAAUGCAAAUUCAAUGGCCCCAACUGAAUUAAGUCCAUUUGUGUAUUGGUCACAAACAAAAAGUCAGCUGCUGCUCAAGGUGGACCUCAAAGAUGCGCAGGGCGUCGUUGCAGAGUUUACCAGUUCAACACUCUCGUUUGCUGCAAACGGGCAUGGAGCACGUGGUCGGAAUGCUUAUAAAUUCCAGAUGCGUUUUUUUCUGCCCAUCGAUGAUGAGACGGCGACCUUUUCAGUCACCGACCAUAAAAUCGAGUUGCAUAUACGAAAAGCAGAGCCGGCCUGGUGGCAGCGACUCAUUGCAACGCCUCAAAAGCCGCACUGGCUUCGCAUUGACUUUGAUCGCUGGCGGACGGAGGACGAUGGGGACCUUAGUGAGGGGGCACGAGAUGUGCGAGAGGACUAUAUGGAAGAGUAUAACAAACUGCAGAAGCAGGAAAUCGGUUAUGUGAAAGAGCAUGCGAAGAAAGUUUACUUGAUCAUCUACAACCUGGCAAUGUUUGUAGGGUAUUUGCACAUAUUGCUUAUAAUAGGUGUGCUCUACAUACGCGACGGGUCGGAGAGCAUGAAGCAUACGUACGAAUAUGUGGGAACAUCGUUCAAAUUUGUGCAGCUCAUGCAGUACUUGGAGGUAAUGCACCCCCUGUUUGGCUACACAAAGGGCAGCCCCUUGAUGCCCUUCUUUCAAAUCUCUGGAAGAAACUUUGUGCUCUUCCUAAUGAUCGAAAUGGAGCCGCGUAUGCAUGCCAAGCCGGUGGUGUUCUACGUCUUUGUUAUAUGGUCGCUUGUAGAGAUAGUGCGCUAUCCCUAUUAUGUCAGUCAGCUGGUUAAGAGGGACAAUGGUCUGCUUACUUGGCUGCGCUAUACCAUCUGGAUACCGCUUUAUCCCAUGGGCUUAGUCUGUGAGGGAGUUAUACUGCUGCGCAGCAUACCCUACAUUGAGGAAACGAAACGCUUUUGUGUCGAUAUGCCCAACAAGUGGAAUUGGACAUUUGACAUGGUGCUUUUCCUAAAGGUCUAUUUGCUCCUGCUCGCCCUGCCCGGCACCUUUAUGGUUAUGUCCCAUAUGUCCAAGCUACGCGCUAAGAAGUUGGGACGUGGACGAGCUAAACCAAAAGUUAACUAAGAAUAUCUUAUCUUCAAUAGUUAUAGGAUAAAGCUGUAACCCACGCUCUGUUUUCAUUCAUUUGCUGU